AUGAGUAACUUGAGUCCAAAUGGGGUCCCACCUAAGGUGAAGCCUGGGUAUACAAAUCCUGCAUUUAGAGCAAUGGGUAUUCCACCAUUAAAAUUACCGUCAAGAAACUGGAUGAUUUUUUGGUCAGUGGUGACUGUGUCUGUAAGUGGUAUACUGUACGACAAGCAGAAACAAAAACAAAUUAGAAACCAUUAUCAAGAUAUUGUUAAACCACUGGCGAAUGAACCAAUUGAUGUCAAUUUACGGCCAAGAAAAAUUACUGUGUUUAUUGCACCACCACCAAAUGAUUAUUUAGAUUCUUCUUUAAAGAUCUGGAGACGUUAUAUUAAACCAAUCCUGUACUAUGCGGGCGUUGAUUAUGAAAUUGUUCAAGAAGAAAAGCAGGGCAUGAUAAGAACCGAAGUUGCCAAUAGAGUAAGAGCAGUAAGGAGACAACUUUUGGAAGCCCGCAAUCAAGAAAAGCCGCUUUCACACGAAGGCACGUCAAAAAAUGAGUUUAUUCCCCUGGAUGAAUAUGACCCCGAGCAAGCAAAAAGAUUCAAGGCAAAUUUCGAUUAUAGAAAUGUUAUUGGUCCAUUUCUUGGCAAAGAUAAGCCUGUUGUAACAGAAGCAGAUUCACUUACUCCAUCGGAAUUGAGUGGUGGUGUGAUAUGUUUAGGCAGAGGUGCAUAUAAAGAGUACAUCACUGGUCUUCAUGAAGGAUUGUUGGGUCCAUUAGAAGCUCCGGUGAAAGUGAGAGUAGCGAACGCUGAUGACAAGCAGUCAAGUCAGAUACAAUCAGCUGAAACAAAUGUGGCAUGUGAAACUAUUACUGAAAGUCAAUCUGAGGAACCAAAUGUAGGUGCUGAUAGUAAUGCAAAUGAGGAUGAGAAACAUUCUGAAGAGGAACACUCCGAAGAGAAACAAUCGGAAAAAGACUCAAAAUCAAAAAUAUCCAAGCCUUUCAUCACUCCGGCAGAUUACGCAAAUGUUGAAAUACCACACGAACUAUCACUCUCGGGUCAAAGUUCUGUGGUAAGAGAUCCAAAGACCAAUAUACCACUUCUACUUCAUCAGCCUGUUCUUGCAAUCUCAGUCCCAAAUCUCGUAGGAUUUUUGAAGAUACCGGAGAGAAUUUACAGGUUUUAUAGAAAACGGUACUACUGCGAAGAAGUUUGCUCUGCUGUAACUGAUCUCGUUGUUCAGAAAAAUAUCAGGCCGUUCAGUCAUCCACAGGACUUAGGGUUGGCUAUUGAAGAGGAAGAUGAUUGGCCAAAAAGUUGGGUAAAGGAGGGGUUGAAGCGUCAAAGUGAAUGGACAAGUGACCUAAAAGAUGAUCCAAGAAUCGUUGAAUAUGUAACUCUCUAUAAUGAGAAAAAGGAGGAGUAA